UCUUGUUAUUUACGUUUUUCUGACAGAUCGAUUUGAUCCGGUUUUGUGACAGCUUUGCAAGUAAAAUUCUUAUUAUUUUACAAAAAAUAAUUAAAAAUACUGUAAGUGAAUCAAUUACCUAUUAACAUAUAAAUGAUUUUGAAUAAAACUCUGCUUUUCUCAUCUUUACUGUUAGGUGUGCUGCGAAGAAACUCGAUCGUAGCUAGAGAAAUGUCUGGAGAGUGUGCGGCAAACAACACUUCGUAUGUACCGGGAACACAUUCUAUUGCGUAUAUAACGAUUGACACUGAAGAUAAGGCGAAACAGUUGGCACAUAACAUAGUCACUAAUAAGUUAGCAGCUUGCGUUAAUAUAAUACCAAAGAUAUUGUCAGUGUACGAGUGGGAGGGUAAAAUAAAUGAGGAUCCUGAGGUGCUUAUGAUGGUUAAAACGAGAACGUCACAAAUUGAUGCUUUAACUGCAUAUGUUAAGGCUAAUCAUCCAUAUACAGUUUGUGAAGUUAUAUCUAUUCCCAUUAGUAAUGGGAAUGACGCUUACCUGAAGUGGAUUUCUGAAACUGUCCCGCUACCCAAAUGCAAAUAAUCUGGUCACUAAUGUAUUUAAUUGAAUAUUAAAUAAGUCUACUGUA